GCUGUCUCCUCCGUUUUGAAAAUUAUUAAUGACAUCAAGAAAAUAUCCACAUUCUGGGGGGGCUUCUGCAACACAGAACAGUACAGGCCUUUUCUUCGUUAUUGGGGAAUGAACGACGAGAGAAUCUCGGGCAGCUGCAAGAGAAACUCUGGGUGUACCAGUAUUGAGCAAAUGCUGGCUGUGAACCCCGGGAAGACGCCCAUCAGUCUGCUGCAGGAAUAUGGAACGCGGAUAGGCAAGACCCCGGUGUACGACCUUCUUAAGGCCGAGGGCCAAGCCCACCAACCCAACUUCACCUUCCGCGUGUCCGUGGGAGACAUCAGCUGCACCGGCCAGGGUCCCAGCAAAAAGGCUGCCAAGCACAAAGCUGCAGAGGCUGCCCUGAAGAUGCUGAAGGGAGGGAUGAUGGGGGGAAUGGGAGGGAAUGGAGUUGGAGGAGAGGAACUCGUGGGGAUCGACAUGCCUCUGGAGGGAGAAGAUUGUUGCCUGACCUGUUGUAUUGACUCUAGUCAGUUUUACUCUGUUUUACUCAGCCCUCAGUCAGAGUUGAAAUCCUCCAGUUCCACGCAGCAAGCUGAGUGUAAUCCAGUUGGUGCGUUGCAGGAAUUAGUGGUGCAGAAAGGCUGGCGUUUGCCAGAGUACACCGUGACUCAGGAGUCUGGACCUGCUCAUCGCAAAGAGUUCACCAUGACCUGCAGAGUGGAACGAUUUGUAGAGAUUGGAAGUGGCACUUCGAAGAAACUUGCCAAGCGGAACGCGGCGGCAAAGAUGCUCUCCCGUAUCCACGACGUGCCGGUCGACCUGCGCAGCAGCCACGAAGCCGAAGCAGAGGACGACACCUUCACCAUGCACAUGGGGGGCAGGCUAGAAGGAGGAAAGUGUAAAGGCUUUGGCUGUACUUGGGACUCUCUGCGUAACUCUGCUGGGGAAAAAAUCCUUCAACUACGUAGUCAUCCUCUGGGCCUGCCCGACUCCAACUUCUGUUCCCUUCUUCAUGAGCUCUCUGAGGAGCAGCGCUUUGACGUCAGCUACCUGGACCUGGAGGAGCGCAGUCUGAGUGGUCUGUGCCAGUGUCUGGUGGAGCUGUCCACUCAGCCCAUCACCGUGUGCCACGGCUUUGCCCAGAGCCAGGAUGCCGCACGUGCCAGCGCCGCCCACAAUGCCCUGCAGUACCUCAAAAUCAUGGCAGGUGGCAAAUGACCAAUCAGAACACCCCCCCCCUUCUCAACCUCUCCUCUCCCCUCCAUUUCUCCUCUGGCGUGAAAGGAAGAGGUUCGGGAUGAAGGAAACACAGGUGACGUCGUCCCCCUCACAGGUCUAAGUCCUCGUGCUCUUGGUUCUGUUAAGUGAGCAUUCAUUGGUUGCUAGGUGCACACUCACACUGCUCUGUGCUUGUAUUUCACUCAUCUCCAUUGCCCUGGACACUCCCUAUAGGAAGAUGAACUGAACAAAUCUUUGAAAUUGGUCCCCCCCCAAAAAAAGACAAGGUGAGACCAGACAGCAUAAUGCUUCUUCCCUGUGGGAAAAGAGCUCUGAAUGGUAGUGAGGUUAAACUAAAGUCCCAUUGGCCCUCUAGCCUCCUUAUAGAAAAAAACCCCACAGAGU